AUGGGCCUUUGCACCUCACUAUGUAGUAUAACUAAUGACCUCUCUGCAACUGUCAAGCUCAUUGGUUGGACUCACCCACAGUGGGUGAAUCCGUCAGAUCUAAAGGGUGGCAUAGAGAGCCUUGAGAACUUUGCAAAUGCCAUUGCAAGUGGCACAUGCCAUUUUGUUCCAAUCUCAAGUGAGGAACUUGAAGACCAUUUACAACACAUGAAGAAUGGGGAGAAGCUCACUCCCGAGGUCAAGCCCUCCAUGCCUAUUGAACUCACCUGCAGCUCAUCGCCUGACACACCUCAACUGCCUACUGACACUGACCCAUCUCUAUCUUCACCUUCAACUGCAGAGUCUCUUUCAGCUAAUAUUUUGCUUAGGCAUUCCUCAGACCUGGAUUCUACUCCCCCAAAUUCACUUCCACCUGCAUCUAACUCUGUGAAUGAAUCAUCUACUCCAUCACAUGUAGGGAUCAGCAGGGGUAUGGGUAACCCCUGGGGGUCAUGGGUAGGGGUACCCAGGGGUAUGGGUAUGGGUAGGGAUCUUGGGACCCAUGGACCAAACAUGGUACCCUUGGACCAAAUACAGGACCCUCGGUCCAUAGGUCCAUAG